UGAUCAUCACGCUACAGCGGUUUCUUCGUCUUUCUUCCGUUUUUUCCAGGAAAGCGAUUCGUAUACUGAUUUACUUUAGUGAAAACCGGUAACUGUAUGACGGCUCUAAUCACCCCUGUACGUGCAACAAGGUAUUGUAUGUGAAUUUACUUAGAUUAGUUGUAAUUCACUGAUUUGAAAACAACAGAAAAACUAAUUUAAAUUGCAGUUUUGAGGGCCUCAUAUUCUUUGUUUACGAUCGAGAUGCCGUGAAAAAGGAAGCCGAUCCACCAGAAAAUGCAAUCGUCUACUUCUAUCCUCCAUCGGUAAUGUUUUUGGAUUCUGCUUUAGUUUUGACCUAAGACACCGUAUGUUCUGAUGUAAGUUCAAGACUUGUCUCAGAUUGAGCCACGGUUCCAAAUACAUCCGCAGCCCACACUAGAAAGGGAGUAUUUAAGUUUAAACAUGCUAACAUCAGUUAUUCUUCAUUAAAGUCCGACAACCAGCUUGUUAUUGUACUUAUUUUUCUCUUACUGCUUCUUCCUUUCAAGCUGUUCGGGACUUGAGCUUAGCUUUGUGUCAAUUACCUAUGUCAUAUUUUCGUUAUUUAUUAUUUUUUAAAUUAUAAUAAAUCAGAGAACACGUUAUGCAGUCGCAUAAUGUUCCUGCAUCCAACAAAUAAGUUAGAGAACACGUUAUGCAGUGGCAUAAUGUUCCUACAUUGGCCCUCUAGAUUAAAAGCUGUGAGUUUUGUUCUCAAAUUUAGUGGCAUUGUCCCUCUCCCCACCUGGGGGUGUAGAUGGGCAUUGGGAUCUUACCUUACCUCUUUACAGGUAAUUUUCUUAAAAUUGACUGCCAGAAAACUAGUUAAAAAGAACUGUGAUGGUUAGCUUUGCUCCUAAGAUGAUUUAUUUUCCUUUGAAAGGCAUCUAUUGAAGAUCGAGUCUCAGUAUGUGGACAACUUGUUGGAAUGUCACAAUUUGUUCAUGGUUUUCUUAAUGCCAGACCAGCCCUUUGUAAACUGCAGUCAGAGAAAGUGGCAACGGUUCAUUCUGGCCAAUACACCUUGGUAAUAAUCGCAGAGAAUCUUUAUUGAUGUUUAACUCAAUGUACUUGCAUAGCGUUGUACAACAAUGUUUGUUCUAGAUCUAUGUAUUCAGUAACAUAGGUAACCAAUGUGGUUUUUUUAUGCCUGUAAUAUGAAUGGAAUAUUGAUUUGGCUAGAGUCGUUGACUGGUUGGCGUACAAGCCUAUCCCAGACCAUUUUUCAGAUAUAUGUUGUGUUUACCUUCCUCCAGACUUGGUGCUAGCAAAUCACUUCACAACCCCUUUUUUGAUUUCCUAGAAACUUUAUCACUAUUUAUCAUAUGCUAGGUAGCCCUUGUAAGCAGGGAAUUAAGAUUUUAAAGUUAAAUUUUUAGUCCAUUGUCAGUAAAUUCUUCAAAAACUAUGAGUUUCUCUUUAAAUUCAGUCUAAACUAAUCUACUUUGGUUUCUGUACCCUAUCCCAGACCUUACAUAUCUACAAGCUAAAUCACACUGAUCAAACAAACUAUAAGCAAUCAAGAGUGAAGCUGAUCCAAAGUGUAUAGAAACUGAAAGGGAAAUGAAACAAACUUUGUUUUCUAGCAAUUUGUGUAAAAAUGUCACCCUUUCACCCUUAUAAACACGUAGUUACUAUGCACACCUUUUAGUGCUAUGUAGAAAUUUUUGUUCUAUUCUUUGGUUCAGUGUACACACAUUUUUUUCUAGGCACUUGGAGGGAGCCUCAGUGAGCCUGACUCACUAUUGAUAACCCGACUACAGACACUUCACAGUACCUUCAACUUCUACCAUGGCUCACUGGAGCGGAUCAGAAUGGUCAGUUGAAAACUACAAAAUAUGAAUUUUAGUUAUAGUGAAGGGUAAUUUUCAACUGAGUGUUGAAAUUAAUCUACUAUUGCAGUGAUUAUAUUUUCUGUAUUCCAUGAUUGGUCCAAAGAGUCUAAAGAACUUACACCAUCAAUUCAACCACUCAGAUGCAAAGCUUCCAUAAAGGCAACUGUGACUUGUUUACAUGUCUUUUCUGAUGUUUGAGGGUUUGUUGUGUGUGGUUUUUGUUAUUACUUUAAUAUUGAUGUUGUGAUACUCCAUUUGAAUGAACUGUUUUAGUGUAAAUUAACCAUAAUCAGUGACUAUAAGGUCAUAUCCAAGUUGUGUUGAGGAAUUUUUGUUGGGAGGACAAAUUUGAAAUGAAAAUUGUAAGAAUAAUAUGAUGACUCAUUCAAUUGCUCAAUCAUUGAUUUAUCAAUUUGCUGCACAUGUAUUAUGUAAAUUUAUCCCAGUGAUUAAAUGGGUGAGUGACAGAGGAACUGAAUGAAGGAAGAAGGAGAGGAAUGGAAUAAAGGAGGGAUCAAUACCAUAAACGUCCAUGUAUAAACUGCACUUUUUUUCACAAAAUUGAAGCCAAAAAUCAAGGGUGCAGCUUAUCCAUGGAUACAUCUGUGUUUGGAGUUCUCAAAAACCUAAUUCAUAUUCAUAAAACUUCUUUAGAUGCCAAGAGAUAAAUAUAAAAGAAACUGAGAACGUGUUGCUGUAGUUCAUCGACUUUUUCAUUGAGUGGUGGCUCCUAAAGGAGCCAUUUGUGUCUUGAGUGUUUAUCGGCAAAUCUUGCUCUCCAAGAGUUCUCUCAAGCGAUUAAUUUUUCGCUUACUCAAACAACUAAACACCAACAUACAAGGAAUGUCUCAUGGUACUUGGUAAAAAAAAAUGCUUCUUAUUGAUAGAUAUUUAUAGACCAAAGCCAGUGAAAUGGUAUGUGAGACUGAAUAUACCAGUACACUGUGUAUAAAAAGUGCUUGAUCUUAGGUGGACCUUACUUCAUAUAUGGUGUAAAUUACUAUCAUAUUAUAGGGUCAACAUGGCAGAACUAAUUUUAUCUUCAUGUCUGCAAUUUCAUUAUUUGUAAUGAAUUGAUGUAAUUUUUUGACUUUUUGCAGAUGUGUGAAAGUCAAAAGAUGUUCCUUUCUUGGAUGAAUAUGAUCUGGGACUGUUAUUUACAUUUUGUGCGUCAUUAUGGUGAUUUCCUACCAGGAGUGUUUGAUCCUUUACCAUUUGUUGAUCUGCCCAAAGUAUGUGUUAUCAAGCUUUAUUGGGCUUUCAUUGGUGUAUUUUGGAAGUAACAGUAUCAUUUUAAAAUGCUUAAUUUAAGCUCCGGAAAAGUGUUAACACCCCAGUGUGUGCUAUGGUUAGCAGCCCAGAUGAAAGUCUUUAAGUCACUUUCUAGGGUCAUGGAAUUUUUCUUCAACACAAAUUUAGUGUUCACAAUUUGUUAUCUUAUCCCACCUAAUCAUAUUUUCACCUCACUGCAUUUCAUCCUCUUUCAUCCCAUUCUGUUUCAACCAAUCCCAUUCUAUCUACUUCUAUUUCAUCUUAAUCCAUCCUUUCCCAUUCAUUUCUAUUCCUCCUCAUCUCAUUUUUUUCUCUCAUUCAAUCUCAUUUUUUUGCCUAUACAUCUCUCUUUCCAUAUCAUAUCAAUCCUCUCUCAUCCUUUCUCCAUCCUUUCCAUCCCAUCCUAUCUCAUUUAAUCAUCUGCCAUGCAGUCGCUAUGCAUACCAUCCCGUCCUAUUUUGUUCCAUCUCCUUUCUCUCCACCCAUCCCAUCUCAUCCCAUCCUAUAUUCUCCCUUGUAUUCGAUCUCCUCUCAUCUUUUCUCAUCCAGUCUCAUGUAGUCUCCCAUCCCAUUUCAGCCAUACCUACCCAUUUUAUCUCACUCAGUCAUGUUAUUUCUGUGCUCAUCCAGUGUCAUCCAGUGUCAUCCCAUCCUAUCAUAUUGCAUUUCUUGUUGCCCAUCUAUUUUUUCCUGAGCUAUCUACUGUUUUCAAGGCCCAUAUUUUUUCCAAAGUCCAUCCCAGACCCUGUGUCACUCCAUAGUCAUUUAUACUAAGAAAAUCCUUUCAUUCAUAGUUUAAAAACCCACACAUCAUUAUUUAUUUGUUAAACUGACUUCUUUUGUUGACAGAGAGUUGCAGCAACUUGUUUUACAAAGGCAUCAUACUUUCUCCAGGCAUGCCAGCGCAGACAACAUGUUCUUGGAGGGUGUAUUCUCUACCGAAAUAAGUAAGCACUCAAAAUAUUCAAACGUCUUAUUAGCAAGAAGUACAUCAUCAACAGCAUUAUCAAACAGUACAAAGCCAUUUGGCACAAUAGCUAUCAAUUUGGAUUCCCCACUGUAAAUGAUCCUUUGGUGUUGUCUACAUAGCAUUUAGGUCAGAACUUGUAGUCUGGCAUUGAACAAUGAAUAUCUUAUCACAGGUGGCCUUCGAAUAGAUGUCACACGAAAAUUUCUUGUAAUAAUGUAUAAAGUAAUAAUUGAUUGUUAUAAAUCCCAGUUUAGAAGAAUUGUGUCUCAGUUGGGAAAUCUGUUCAAGUAUUGUUUUGUUCUUAUGUAUUUUUUCAGGAUAUUGUGCACUCAGUUGGAGCCAUCCAUAACAGAGAGGCUUCUUCUUCUUAAACCUUAUCAAAGUCAUGUAAGUAAUUGAGUACGAGCAUCUUCAAACACUGGAAACAUAGUUUUAAAUAAGACACACAGCGGCGCAUUUUUGAGAGGUCUCCACUGAAGGUUUUGGACGUUUUCUCAGAUAUCUUCCCAAUCGAAAAAAAACGAAACGAAGAAGGAGAAACGUAACACUUUGCCCUAAUGUUUAUUACUUUCCCAAACAUCAUACGGUUUUGACUUCCUUUGCCAUAGCUUAAUUUAUUUAAAUCUUUUUUUGUGCACUUUUAUUCAUUAUAAUAAAAUUUUUUCCUUUCAUUCUUUCAUUGUGUAAUUUACAGUCAAUGAUAUAUUUAUUUUGUGUAAUGAAUAUAUUUAUAUCAUAAUUUGUUAUAAUUACUUUUUUUGGUACAGCAUCCUUCGAGGCCUGUUAAAACUGGUAAGCUUCAUUUUGUACCAAUAUGCUUAGAGCCAAAAAAAGGCGUCAGAACAGCCCCACAAGGCAUUUUAUUUUUCUGCUUACUUUGCUUUUGUUUUGACAAUUAGCUCAGGGACCGUUGUUAACUACUUCUUGAGUAAGUGGUGGGAAUGUUUUUCAUUUGAUGCUGAGGUUAUCUUUUUCUCUAGAAUGUGCUCUUCCGUUUGGCGUUCGCAUCUUGAAUGCGUUCCUCACUUUGUCUGAAUACCUGAACCUUUACGAAGCUUUGGCCCAAUCUGCUUAUAGACAGCCGCCUUCGAGAGAAUCGUCUGGGACAUUUCCAGAUGUAUACACGACAGCCUCGUCGGCUGCUGUGAGGGAUUUGUCCUACUGGCGGAAGAGUAAUGCAGAUGAUGGUGAGCACUUGAACGACGGCUUGACUCAACUCUCGUGUGACGUUCGUGCGAAUUCAAACGGAGUACUAGAUUUUGGAUCUUCAGGAGGAGAAAGAAAAUCUACCGUAAAUUCUGCAAAAGAUCCCACGUCUGUUACACCUCUCAAUACAACAAAAAGCUCUAAGGGCAAUUCCCGAGUGGCGGAUCAUGAAGACUCCACGAACCAACUGCCUAAACACGAGUCAAGUGAAACGCUUGUGGUGCAGACGAACCCUGUGAGAGAGUCUGAUGAAUCUGCACCUGCGAACGAACAAGGUUGCGGCACUAUUAUGGUAACUACGGAAGAAAGCUGUAAAACUUCAAAUGAAAUAGAGAAGGAACAUAAGAAUGUGACCACCACCUCAGCUGACAGAAGGGCUGGGGAAGGGAGUGCAGACUCUGAUGGGGGGAAGGCAGAGGCUGAGUUCGGAGCGACCAGCUCCGACUCGGUAUUUGACAGCAGUUCUAUUGAAAGUUCGUCAUCUGCCGAUACUAGUGUUAUUAUGGAAACCGUUGACGUGGUUGGGUUAAAAGUCGUCGAAAAUCCCAAUCCUCAAUGUGAGAAGCAACAGUAUGGGGAAGAAAAGCGCACAGAGAUGCCGUGUAAUGUCUCGUCUGCGGGUGAAAAAGUAAUUGACUGUUCCAGUUCACCGUGUUGUGGAAGGCAGCAUCAUGAAGAGGAAACAGACCAAGGUGCGCUCUGUAGUUCAUCGUCUUCGUGUGAAUCGAGUUACUCUUCAAUUAAGUCACUUUCCAAUGACGAGGUAGAUUUGUGUAAGUUAAUUUUGGACGAUCUCAUAACGCAGGCUAUAGACAUAGCUCAUCAGAAAAAUUCCCAGAUGAAAGAGAAUAGUAGUAAAAGCGUUACGGAUCGUGUUGCGUGCUGCCAGUCGUGCGUUGCGUUGCAAAAAUCCUGCGACGUGUCGUGUGGUAACUCUUUUUGUCAAUCUGGACGUAAAUGCUGUGAGGAAAAAUGCAGCAAAACUCUCUCUAAUGACAAUUCCUGUUCUGUGGAGCAAACUUUGGGUAAGCACUCAGUCGCUAAUCAUCGAGAUAUUCUGGAAAUAAAUCUUCCCUCCUCUGACCAUAGUGUCUGCAACGAAGACAAUGACAGUAGGCCAUCAUAUGCUCCAGAUGUCGCUGAAAAGUCGGGUCCGACCGAUUUAAACCUCAGCAAAGAAAACAGCUCGAUAAGUGAUUUAGUCAAGACCCCGAUAAUAUGCGAUUCGUCUCCAAUUCGUAAUCUUAACGAAGGAGCUAAGAAAUUUUUGGAUAAGUCGUUCGCAUGCUUGGAUACCAGUACUGGUAAAGAUACACGAGAUUCGCGGGCCUGUGUGGAGAACAAUGCGUCUCAACAUCCUAAUUCAGUUAAUAACGAUGUGGUGUCGGACGGACCCACUGUGGCGUUCGAAGGAAUUCAUUCUGUACCACCCAUCGACAUAGUUGAACCUGAUUCUGGGAUUUAUAUCGCUAAUGGCCUGGAGGGAACAUACUUCGCUGAUGGCACUGACUUGCCACCGAUUGACUCUGCUCUUGAAGAGGUGGAAGAUGAGGAAUCGUCUGAUUGGUUUGAACCGCCCUUGGGUGACGCGCCCUCCCCUACAGAUAGGGAAAGGGAAGAGUUACUGCCGUACGAAGAAGGAGAUGAAAUGAAUCAAGUGAGUGCUUUAGGAUUUUUUUUUUCUCACCAUUUUGCACUUCUUUUUAUUUUUAAAAUAACAAAACUACAACACACGAAUGAGCAUAAAAUAACUUACAACAUCCGAAGUGAAAAGUACUGGAAAACGACAAAGCGAAAUAAACGAGGAAACUUACAAGACGGAUGUGACCAAAAACCCAAAAGACAUAAAAAUGAAACCCGAAGCAACUAGACAAUAUGUUCCGCAAACUAGGAGAGACAACUAACGAAAUAAAUCACGCACGAACAGAAUGUAUACAAUAUGCGAAUAAACAUAACAAGUACAAAACUGAUAACUGAUAAAGGAAACUAAUGAAGACGAAAACUAAACAUCUAACACGAAACUAUGAGACAAAAAUACAUUCUUGCGCCUACAGUUUCCAAAGAUUCAUAAAGGACCCACUACUCAGAUUCAUUAUAGGCGUGAUUCUUUGGUCAACUAUUAGAUCGCAUGAUCGCAUGAUCGCAUGAUCGCGCGUUACUGACUAGCAGCUCAUUUGAACGCGCAUGUGUAUUUAUGUUCAUUGGUCAUCGACCCGUUCAUGUCCCUGUGUACACAUACACUCAUUUAUCGCUAAUAAGCCCUUAUGAGCGCGCGCGCGCACACGUCCGAUUUUUUUUCGUCACUGACCAGCUCAAAUCAACGCGCACCAAUGCGCGCUUGCACUCGCAUUCAUUCCUCACCUACCCGUUUGAGUGUGUGCGCGCACCCGCACUCAGUAGUCACUUACCAGCUCUCAGGAUCGCGUGGGCACACGAUCAUUAAUUUACCUCUGGCCGGGUAACACCUCGCGUCUACAUUCGUCUUUACCCGUCACUGAUCAGUUCACCUCACAGCGUGUGCACCCGCAUUUGCACGUUACUGAACAACUCUCAUGAUCACGUGGGCACAUGCUCAUUCUAUCGUCAUUGACAGCUCACAUAUACGCGCGCGUGCAUUGGCAUUCACACGUCACUAACCGCUAUACGUUAAAGUGCGUGCACCCGUAUUCAUUUAUCACAAAGUACUUCUCAUAAACGCGUGCACACUAACGUCCUCAAAGGCGCUUCCAACUCUCAACCUGCGCACACACAUUACGUUCUCGUAGAGAAAAGUAAUUAGUUACGUAUACGAUUUUAAAUAUUGGCCUGUUUCCAGAUUUGCUGCGAGCCGUCCUAAGUUGCGUUUAGGGCAGCGUAUCAAGGACAUCAAGAAACUUUGGAAAGCUAUGAGAGGAUUGACCAAGAGGAAUACACCAUGUCUUAACGGUUUUCCAUGCUUUGAUUUGAUAGGUUGAAGGCUUAACUCAUGUCAACCUGUAUGUACAAGCCCACUCUAAAGUUGUCCUCAUUCUCCUGGCCGAGGAAGGUUUGAACAAUGACUGUAAUAGCAUCAAGGCUUUGGUAAGGAUGUAGAUAAACCACACCAUUCUAUUUGUUUGUCGCCAAAGUCGUUGGAAUUGCUGUGUUAAUAUAACUUAACCAGUACUUUGACUGUUUUACAGUGGGAAACAUCACUGAAUCAACUUGGUGAACUGGAGUUCUUGGUCAAAGAAUCUUUGGGUGAUGAAUCAGUUCCUGUAAGUAAAGAUCAAAACACACUUAGUUCAAAACCGUAGAUCUUAAUUACUCGAGCCCUAAGGUGCACUUUUGUUUAAUUACCUUUAACGGUACUUAGACGCCAAAAUGUAAGUUAUUCUAUGAAUUUGGAAUUAAUUUUGCUCCUUGCAGCUUAGCUAAAAGUAAAAAUCUAUAUAUGCUGUCAAGGUAACAACCUCUACCUGAUACGUUUGGGUAUUCUCAUUUGCUGUUUGCUGGAUAAUGUAUGAAUACUAUAGGAAGAAGUUUCACGUUAAUUACUUCUGGGAGGUAAAGGGUUAUUGUAGAAUUAUGAAAAGACAUGGUUGAAGUUUCUAAUGAUGUGUCAUUAUAUACAGGUACAGUCUGAUGAAUAUAGUUUCCUUUUGUAUGACAGCUUUGAGAGAAACAUGAAAGGUAAUGAACAGAAAACGUGUCACGGAAAUGAGAAGCUGCACGUUUCUAAUUUUAUACAUGUUUAUCGCUCGAGACAUUUCAAGAACUGUAUCACAACUCUUCAAAACGUACAGAUCAAACUCGCAUUGUAAUCCUACCAUUGUUGAACAUCAUAAAUGAAAUAGUUAACUUACAGAUUGUAAAGAAGCCAAAUCUUUACCACACCGUUUAUUUGUCCCCAAAUUCAUUUACUCACAAUUUAAUCAUUUUAUAUUUAGCAGUUUCUUCAAUCUAAAAUUAUUAAUCUGCACAUAAUGUAAUGAACAUUUUGACGUAGGGUUUCUAAGGGGCUAUAUACGUAUGUUAUUGUUCUGUAUCAUGUGUUUAGGCAACCUUGAUGAGCUUGUGUAUCAAGUGGACCAUUCCUUCUGUGAGACGACCAAGCUUUUGCACGAGCAGUUUGAAAAUUGUCCAACCCUGAAGGAUGUUAUACUCAGGUACUAGAUCGACGUUACAGUGCACAACAUAACUUAAUGUGUGCCUAUUAGUCAAUUUUGAAGACGGAAAAGGCAAGGUGGUGUCUCACAGCACUUGUAAUCAUGCCCACAUAUCAAAGUUUUCCAUAGUUUUAGCGCUAUUAGAGAAAGCUACCCUUAAACUCCCAAGACCUGAUAGGGAAUUCUCUCCUCUGGCUGCCAUUCAGUUACUAAAUAGAAAUUGUAUUAUUUUAAGAUAACAGGAAGAUAGGUUUGAUAACUUUCAUCUCCAAUCAACCUGACUCGUGUUUUUGUAUUGUAAGAUAUUAAGUUAAUUACUUCCGAGAGCAGAAGGGUUUAAGCACUUCCUUGCCUCAGGUGGCCGCACCUUCUUCAUAGAACCUCGAAAGGUACCCAUAGCUUGUUCUUCUGCUUAAAUUUUUGCCGGCUUUUGGUCGACAAGUGUGUGUAAGUUAGUGUAUAGUUGUAGUGUGUAGAACUGGGUACCUUGUACCUGCGAAGGAAAAGGCGCCUUAUCCUGACGUGAAAAGUUGACGUGUAUAUGUAUGUAUGUAUGUGUGUAUAUAUAUAUAUAUAUAUAUAUUCUUAAUUUGUUCCUCUCUAGGAAUCGGUUGUCAACGAUAUAUGGUAAACGUAACCUGGGACGAGGCACGUACUUUCAUUUGAAGGGCUCAAACAAAAAUGGGCAUACAGUCCCGUUCCCUCGCGACCCGAUCUGUCAAGUCGAAAGAAGGGCCUCAAAGAUCCUUCACAAAGAGCAUGGAGUGAACGUUUUCUAG